GUUAAAGAAGGGCCUUCGGCAUUUUACUACACCUACGGACCUACAGCCGGCAGAUUCCCCAUCCCAUCCACCCACGCCUCUCCAUUUGCCACGUGUCCUCUAUCCCCAUAAACCACCCUCUUGGUCCCACACUCCACGCAAAAGAUCAGCUCGCAAUUAAACCUUCCCCUCUCUGUGUUUCUCUCAUAUCGCCGUCUCUCAAUCCGGCGAUAGAUAUUCUAUUUAUGUACCGUUACGAGUUCAGAGAGUCACAGAUCGCUUCAGUUUUGGUUUAAUGCAUUUAUUCCCGUCCGAUCAGUCUCGUGAUUGUUGACGAGACUGUCCAGAUUUGAGCUUCUGAUGCUUGAUUGAUUAUCAGGAUUUUGUGAAAGUUCUUGUCUUGGUUUUGGCGAAGAGAUGUCGGGACCAUUGGAUCGUUUUGCGAGGCCUUGUUUUGAGGGGUCCUCUGGUAAUGAUGAGAGAAGAGAAAGAAAAUCUGAUUUUGAGAAUUCGGAGGAUGAAAGAAGGACGAGGAUUGGUUCGCUGAAAAAGAAAGCACUAAAUGCAUCUACAAAAUUCAAACAUUCUCUCAAGAAAAAAGGCAGCAGGAGAAAGAGUGAUGGUCGAGUUAGCUCUGUUUCAAUUGAAGAUAUUCGUGAUGCUGAGGAGCUACAGGCUGUUGAUGCAUUCCGACAAGCAUUGGUUUUGGAUGAAUUGCUACCUGAAAGACAUGAUGAUUAUCAUAUGAUGUUGAGGUUUUUGAAAGCAAGAAAGUUUGACAUAGAAAAAGCGAAGCACAUGUGGGCUGAUAUGAUUCAAUGGAGGAAGGAAUUUGGCGCUGACACAAUUAUGGAGGAUUUUGAAUUUAAAGAGUUGAAUGAAGUUCUAAGAUAUUACCCCCAUGGUAAUCAUGGUCUGGAUAAGGAGGGCAGACCCAUCUACAUUGAAAGAUUAGGCAAAGUUGAUCCUAACAAACUUAUGCAAGUUACAACCAUGGAUCGAUACAUAAAAUAUCAUGUGCGGGAGUUUGAGAAAAGCUUUGCAAUUAAGUUUCCAGCUUGUACCAUUGCUGCAAAAAGGCAUAUCGAUUCAAGCACAACAAUUUUAGAUGUUCAAGGCGUGGGUUUGAAGAACUUCAGCAAGGGCGCAAGGGAACUCAUUAUGCGACUCCAAAAAAUUGAUGGCGACAAUUACCCUGAAACACUCCACCAAAUGUACAUCAUCAAUGCCGGUCCUGGAUUUAGGCUGCUGUGGAACACUGUAAAAAGUUUUCUAGAUCCCAAAACCACUUCUAAGAUUCAUGUUCUUGGAAACAAGUACCAGAACAAGUUGCUUGAGAUAAUAGAUGCCAGCGAGUUGCCAGAUUUCAUGGGUGGUACGUGCACUUGUGCUGAUCAAGGGGGUUGCCUUCGUUCUGAUAAAGGGCCAUGGAAAAAUCCAGAGAUAUUGAAGAUGGUUCUUAAUGGUGAAGCACGACGUGCCAGGCAAGUCGUUAAAGUUCUGAACAGUGAGGGGAAAGUAGUUGCUUAUGCUAAGCCUCAGUACCCUAUGGUAAAAGGCAGUGAUACAUCUACUGCCGAGUCAGGGUCUGAAGCUGAAGAUAUUGCUUCCCCACAAACAAUAAGGAAUUAUUCUCAUCUUCGGUUGACUCCUGUUCGUGAAGAAGCGAAGGUGGUUGGAGCAUCGAGUUAUGCUGGUAGCUUGUCAGGCUAUGAUGAAUAUGUUCCAAUGGUUGACAAAGCUGUUGAUGCUGGUUGGAAAAAGCAAGCGUCCCUCCGUAAACCUUAUAUUUCCAAAGGACCACUUCCAAUACCUGAUGCUCAAAAGGCACCAGAAGGACUCCGUCCUCGGAUUUUGGCAGCACUUAUGGCCUUCUUCAUGAUCCUUGUCAUGUUCUUCCAUUCGGUGCUCUGUCGCUUAACCAAGAAACUGCCUGACAUAUCCUCUGAUCAUGACCAAAACAUUCCGGACUUUGCCUCCGAUGCAGUACCCAAGGAAGAGUUCCGCCCCCCUUCACCAACUCCACCUUUUACGGAGGCAGAAGUACUCUCUUCUGUUCUGAAAAAACUGGGUGAGCUUGAAGAGAAGGUUGAUACACUUCAAGCAAAGCCAUCCGAGAUGCCCUAUGAGAAAGAGGAACUGCUAAAUGCUGCUGUUUGCCGUGUUGAUGCCCUAGAGGCAGAGUUAAUUGCAACCAAAAAGGCUUUGCAUGAAGCUUUAAUGAGGCAAGAGGAAUUGCUUGCUUACAUUGAUGCCCAAGAAGAAGCUAAGUUUCGGAAAAAGAAGUCUUGCUGGUGAGAGAGAGGUGAGGCCAUGAAGAGUCUAUGCAAGAGGAUGUGUUCAUGUUCGGCUGCUUUUGUGAGUUUCAUUUUUCUACCAAAUAUUUUGCAUACACCCACCCCCAUAAUCUUGCAGAAGAUUGGGAUUAUUGUUUCUAACUAUGUAACUUCCUUUCGAGAUGGAAUAGUUACUCUGUUGUGAGAAAGUGUGUGAUGAAUAUAUAUACAUUUGCUCUAUAUGAUGCAUGAAUCAUGUGUACUGAGUGUUCAGACUUUGAGUGGAUUUGAUGACCAAAGAAUAUCCAUUUUCU